GGCGGCGGAACGCGCAGGCUAGUGGCUGCGUUUCCCGCCGGAGGAUUUUGCCCAGCGCCCCGCGUCCCUGGGGGGCGGCGGUGGUGGCGGCGCAGGCGGCCGAGGCGCAGGCGGCGGAGGCGGCUGGGGGGUCCGGAAGUCAACACCAUGUCAAGUCUGCACAAGAGCCGAAUUGCAGAUUUCCAGGAUGUCCUGAAGGAGCCCUCAAUUGCUUUGGAAAAGCUGCGGGAACUCAGCUUUAGUGGCAUCCCCUGUGAGGGCGGACUGCGGUGCCUCUGCUGGAAGAUUCUCUUGAACUACCUUCCCUUGGAGAGAGCCUCAUGGACCUCCAUCCUGGCCAAACAGAGGGAGCUGUAUGCCCAGUUCCUGAGGGAAAUGAUCAUCCAGCCUGGCAUUGCCAAGGCCAACAUGGGUGUGUCCAGGGAGGAUGUGACUUUUGAGGACCACCCACUCAACCCCAACCCUGACAGCCGGUGGAACACAUACUUCAAGGACAACGAGGUGCUGCUGCAGAUCGACAAAGAUGUCCGGAGGUUGUGCCCAGACAUUUCCUUCUUCCAGAGGGCCACUGAGUACCCUUGCCUCCUCAUCCUGGACCCCCAGAAUGAGUUUGAAACCCUUCGUAAGAGAGUGGAACAGACUACACUGAAAUCUCAGACAGUGGCCCGGAACCGGAGUGGGGUCACAAAUAUGAGCUCCCCACAAAAGAACUCUGCGCCAUCAUCCCUAAAUGAGUACGAAGUGCUGCCCAAUGGUUGUGAGGCCCACUGGGAGGUGGUGGAGCGGAUCCUGUUCAUCUAUGCCAAGCUCAACCCUGGCAUCGCUUACGUGCAAGGCAUGAAUGAAAUCGUGGGGCCCCUCUACUACACCUUUGCCACCGACCCCAACAGUGAGUGGAAAGAGCACGCCGAGGCAGACACCUUUUUUUGCUUCACCAACCUCAUGGCCGAGAUCCGGGACAACUUCAUCAAGAGCCUAGAUGACUCGCAGUGUGGCAUCACCUACAAGAUGGAGAAGGUUUACUCCACCUUGAAAGAUAAGGAUGUGGAGCUCUACCUGAAACUGCAAGAGCAGAACAUCAAGCCCCAGUUCUUCGCCUUCCGCUGGCUGACACUGCUGCUGUCCCAGGAGUUCUUGCUGCCUGAUGUCAUCCGCAUCUGGGACUCCCUCUUCGCCGAUGACAACCGCUUUGACUUCCUCCUCCUCGUCUGCUGCGCCAUGCUUAUGCUGAUCCGGGAGCAGUUGCUGGAAGGGGACUUCACUGUGAACAUGCGGCUGCUGCAGGACUACCCCAUCACAGAUGUCUGCCAGAUCCUGCAGAAAGCCAAGGAGCUCCAAGACUCAAAGUAACCCGGCGGCAAGAGGCUCAUGUUCGGGAGAGAAGCCACCCGACCCUGUGCCCUGGCUCACGGGACUCACAGAAACCUGUAGGAACCCAGCCUGAGGGGAAACCGCAGGGUUGGCCCGAGUCCCAGGUGGUGCCCGCUGGGGACACACUGUGCUGUGCUCCUUCUUCUGCCACCACGCCCAGCUCCCCGCCUGCCCUGCACCCUGCCCUCUUUGCCCAGGAUACUGAGCAGGGCUGAAGCUCGGGAAGUUGUCCUUCCCGGGCCAGGGCCAUUUCCGGCACUGGGAGGCUCCCAGCGGCCCGUCCCUGCCUCGGCUCUGCUGCCCCAGCCUCGGUUCCUGCUUCUGGUCUUUUCCUGGGCUCUGGUCAGGGGAGGUGCUUGGCCAAUGGGCCAGAAACCGCUUCUGAGUGGGGUACUUCGGCUGCUCCACAGGGAAGGCAACACUGAAAGCAGAGGCUUGCCAUCUCUCUCACCCACAGAUGUCUGUCUGUAGUCGGUUGGUGUGGACGUGGGCCCAAGUCCCCAGGCGUCUCCUCCCCGCGUGUGUGUGUGUGAGGGGGU